GAGAUACAGAAGCUGUUUUUUCCUCUAACUGAAUGACCUGAAGGUUUUAUUCCUCUUGCAACAAUCUCAUGUUUAUUAACAGCUACAGCUCAUAGUUUUGAUCCAUGUACAGUUACGGUUAGUCCAAACACUACUUACUUUGAUGUUGGAUCAUGUGGUUAAUUCGAUGUAAACAUCAGUGAAACAAAUUCAUUUUGUGUGACUGCAGCUGUAAACAUUCGUUCCUCUAAUGAUGUUUAUUCGUCACCUCUCCAACUGCUUUUAUUAACACUGAACUCAGUACACGCAGAGAUCUGGAGAGAUCUGGACUUAAUGAAGGUUAGAGUGGAGGAACUGCUUUGAGGUCUGACCUCCUCGAACUCGAAAAUCAACUGAACCCCAGAUCUUCUCACCAGCAUUAAUGUCUGAUCUAAAUUCUGCUCAUAAUAACAAGAAACGUGGAAUCACUGCGAGCUCACGUGACGAGGAGGGGGCACAAACUUUUGGUUUUAAAGUGCAGCUAAAUUUCGCAGUGUUUUAUCUGUGCAGUUAUCUUCUAACGAGGAACGGAUUUACAAAAGGGGUGUGUGUGUGUGUGUGUGUGUGUGUGUGUGUGUUUACUGUAAACUGUUCCUUUAAUUAAUCUGAAAGUGAAAGUGUCUGGAGCUCGGGGUCACUGCGCAUGCGCUCAGUUGGUACCAGCGAAUUUGUGUUCUACCGCAGUGAUAAGUGUGUGAGUGUGUGUGUGUGUGUGUGUGUGUGUGGUGAUGGACAGCUCGGUGUUAUUAGAAGCUCUCUCGUGCCUCACAGGACUGGCGGUGAAGCCGCACACAGACUCUGCGGACUCUGAUAUCGAUAUCGGGGAACUCACGGUCCAUAACUUCGUGUCCUCUGCGUUGCUUCCGCUCAUCCUGUGUAAAGAAGAGGGAGAUCUUCAGCCCGAGGAGCAGAGAGAGGAACCGAAAGAGCUCCGUGUGAAUCUGGACUCGUUUUACGCCCCGCAGUUUAAUUACGACUUCCGGAACCUCAAAGACGAGUCGAAGUGCGCGCGCGGCGGAGAGCCGUACUUUCGUCCGUGUGGAUGGUUCCGGUUCGCUCUUAAGGUUCUUGAUAAAUACCCGGAUGGAAACACCUGGCUCGGUCCUGGUGGAUGGAGACACCAGUCUGUUGACGGGGAAUGGCCCGUGUCUUACCACGGAACCGGAAGACAAGGACAGAACCAGAUCUCGGGUCUGCGCGAGCCGCAGGAGUUCGGGAUCUUCUCCACUCCGGACAUUAAACUGGCAGAACAGGACGGAGAGCUGCACAAAGAGUUCACCUCCAAAACCGGAAAGAGUUACCGGGUCAUCAUGCAGAACCGAAUCAACCCCGAACACCGUCUCAAAAAGUCCGACUCUCUGUGGCUCGUGCGCAUCCCGCUGGAGGUGUACGCGCUCACCGACACCAAGAACCGGAAAGAGGAGAUGAAGAAGAUCGUGGAUCAGUCCAUCCGACCCUACGGCAUCCUCCUGAAGGAGAUGUAGAGCAGCACACACUCCUCUGACGUCAUCACCUGCGUCAUUCUCUUCCACCUUUCAUUCUGUUAUUUUAUCUACAGUUUAUAAUUAAUACCUUCAUUUUCUUACUUUAUUAAUCAAACUGUUACUGUGGAUCAUAAAACUGCACAAAAACAAUUCUACUGAAGCUGAAAAGAAAAAACCCUUAAAUCCGCUCACAGAAAAGAAAUCUCUUUUAUAAACAUGUAAUUUUCUGUCAAAUAAAAACUUUAUUUUAA